AUGAAAAUAUUGAAAGAAUUCAAACUUUCCAGUCCCUGGUUGCUGUUUGAUCAGAGUGAAGAUGGAACCAAUCCAUAUUGGAAGCGAGGGCAAGAAACCACGCCCGAUGAUAUUGAUGCAGCCAAAUCAACUGCAGAUAUUGACCUCAGCCCAGUGUUUGAGAGAAUCUCUAUUGUCAAUAAAUGCGGAGUUCGUGGCAAGCAUUUCAGUGGGGUGCCACUGAAGGAUUUAGAAGAAGCCUCAAAAAGUUUAGUCAUGGCUUUGUCAAUCCGAGAAAAGUACAUGAUGCUUUCACAGCAGGGUUUUCCUAAGAUCAUUAAUCGAUGUCUACAAAGUACCAUUGACCAUAAUGACUUCCACAUGAUUUCUGAUGGUUGUGCAGCUUGUGAGAAGAAAACAAUUGCAGAUCACCCUAUCCACCCUCCCAGGACUUAUGGGGAUCCAUUUAACUGUCAGUUGCCUGGCAGUGUCAACUGUGAAUACAGGAUGGUUCAUGGUGUUAUGAGGGUUUACCGAGACAAAACUGGCAUAGAACAAAACAAACCAUUUGACUGGGAAUACCCUGACCUUGCCACUUUCCUUAAUGACCAAAACAUCAUGUACACCCUCAUUAGUGACGGACCUCUGAAAUCGUUCUGUUACCAACGUCUUUGCUAUUUGUCAUACAAAUACCAACUGCAUGUUUUGCUGAAUGAGUUGAAAGAGUCAGCUGCUCAAAAGGAAGUUCCUCACAGAGAUUUUUAUAACAUUAGAAAGGUAGACACACAUAUUCAUGCAUCUUCGUGCAUGAAUCAAAAGCAUCUGCUGCGAUUCAUUAAAAAACAGAUGAAAAUUAAUUCGGAUGAAAUUGUCUACCGCAACAAGAAUGGAAAGAUGAUGAAGUUGAAAGAGGUAUUUGAUAGUCUGGGAAUUAAUACCUAUGACUUGAAUGUAGAUAUGUUAGAUGUCCAUGCGGAUCGCAAUACAUUUCAUAGAUUUGAUAAAUUCAACGCCAAAUACAAUCCAAUUGGACAAAGUGAGCUGCGGGAGAUUUUCAUUAAAACAGACAAUCACAUCGGAGGCAAAUAUUUUGCCAACGUAAUAAAGGAAGUGAUAAGUGACUUGGAGGAGAGCAAAUAUCAAAAUGCUGAAUACCGUCUGUCCAUUUAUGGCCGUUCCCCAGACGAAUGGGAAAAGCUUGCCAAAUGGGCAGUGGUACACAAAGUUCACUCAGACAAUGUCCGUUGGCUUAUUCAAAUUCCACGCUUGUAUGAUGUUUACCGUUCCAAUAACCUGGUGAAGAAUUUUGAGCAGAUUCUAGACAAUAUUUUCCAACCACUUUUUGCAGCCACCAAUGACCCAAAGAGUUACCCUCAACUACAUGCUUUUCUUCAGUAUGUUUCUGGUUUUGAUUCUGUGGAUGAUGAAUCCAAACCUGAACAUGUUGUAUUUGAUGCUGAUAGUCCCUAUCCAGACAAAUGGACCAAUGAAGAGAACCCUCCUUACAACUACUACCUGUACUACAUGUUUGCCAAUAUGACUGUCUUGAACCAUUUCCGACAAGAACGGGGUUUCAAUACUUUUGUUCUUCGGCCUCACUGUGGCGAAGCUGGUAAUGUGACUCAUUUGGUGUCUGGGUACAUGUUGAGUGAAAGCAUUGCUCAUGGACUUAUGCUUAGAAAGGUUCCUGUACUGCAAUAUUUGUACUAUUUGGCCCAGAUUGGAAUUGCUAUGUCUCCACUGAGCAACAAUUCACUUUUUUUGAACUAUCACAGAAAUCCACUUCCGGAAUAUUUUGCUCGUGGACUUAAUGUUUCCAUUUCAACAGAUGAUCCCCUACAGUUCCAUUUCACCAAGGAACCAUUGAUGGAGGAGUAUAGCAUUGCUGCACAAGUUUGGAAACUGAGCACUUGUGACAUGUGUGAAAUUGCCAGAAACAGUGUCCUACAGAGUGGAUUUCCCCAUGAGGUGAAGCAACAUUGGUUGGGGCCGAACUACACUCGUGAAGGUGUUGCAGGAAAUGACGUGAGCCGUACUAAUGUGCCAGACAUCCGAGUUGCCUACCGCUAUGAGACCCUAGUUGAGGAACUGCAGUAUAUUUGUCGUGGCUUGCAUGCCAGUGAGACAGAGAAGGCAAAGACUGCCAUGAAAUUCUGA